AUGGCGGCUAAACCAACAACCCCUUCACAAUUACAGGCUGUUGUUGAUUCUUAUGAUACCUUUAUGUUUGAUUGUGAUGGAGUGCUAUGGCAUGGUGAUCAUCUAAUCCCUGGGAUAAUUGAAGUACUUGCUUAUCUGAGACAGCAAAAGAAGAGUAUCAUAUUUGUGACAAACAACGCAACCAAAUCGAGGCGAAGCUAUAAGGGAAAGUUUGAUAAACUAGGCGUUCAGGCAGAAGUAGACGAGAUUUUUGGUUCUGCAUAUGCUGCUGCCGUGUAUUUAUCUUCUGUCAUCAAGCUCCCGAAAGACAAGAAAGUUUACGUUAUCGGAAUGAAAGGCCUCGAGGAGGAGCUGGAGGAAGAGGGCAUCUCGUAUAUUGGCGGCACUGACCCUGCAGACAACACGCUGAAUUCAUUCAACCUUCCUUUUGAGCCCGAUCCAGCCGUCGCUGCUGUGCGUUCCAAUACCUCACACGCAACGAAGGGUUUACUUCCUGGAGCAGGAUCCAUCAGUGCACCACUUCGCUAUUCGCUCAAGAGAGAUCCUGUCUCUACAGGAAAGCCCCAUGCAACAAUGUUAGACUGUGUGAAAGCCAAACACAACUACGAUCCGAAAAAGACUCUUAUGAUUGGCGACCGCCUGGAUACGGAUAUUCAAUUCGGGAAGAACGGGGGUCUCGAUACUCUACUCGUUUUAUCGGGUAAGCGUAACACACUUAUCCGAUAUAUCCGGGCUAACGCAUCGCCGGUUAUCCCGGAUUAUGUCGUCAGCUCUCUGGGAGACUUUGCUGUCUUGGCUAAAGGACAUUCAAUUUAA